GCGGCGGAGGCCGAGCCUGGGAGGGGGACCUUAGCGAUGGAGACCGCCCGGGACUACGCCGGAGCCCUCAUCAGGCGAGUGCAGCGCCAGCCAGGCUCUGGGCCACGCCUGCGCCCCGCGGCCCUGCGCCACCCAUCCCCCUGAGCCCCCGCCCCCUGCGCUCUGAACGGUCUGCAUCCCCCUGUGCCUGGCACCCCAGUGAGUCCCUCAUUUCCCUGCGUCUCUCGUCCCCCGUGCGCCCGGUACUCCCCAGCACCUCUUGCGCCCAGCAACCCGGAGCGCCCCGAGGCCCCAGUCCCAGCCCACACGCCCAGCGGCUGCGCGGGGGUGCAGAGUCCGAGCCGGCCGCGCUUCUCCUCCCCCUCCUCCAGCUGGCCGCAAGUGCCAGGUGUGGCGCUCCCGAGGUGCGCGGGCAUCGACGGAACAGGUGACAGUGGAUUUUUUUUUUAGGUGUGCUCCGUAAGCCUUUUCUCCAACAAUGACCCAGUGCCCGGUUAAGGAAACAUAAUGGGCCCCUGACAUUUAUGGGAUCACAGACCAAGAAAGUCCUGCUAACCCCCCUCAUGCACUCGGCUCGCCCUUUCCGGGUCUCCAACCAUGACAGAAGCAGCCGGCGAGGGGUGAUGGCCAACAGUCUGAAGGAGCUUCUUAGCAAGACCCUGGAUGCCUUAGUUAUCACCAGCGGACUGGUCACUUUGGUGCUGGAGGAAGACGGAACCGUGGUGGAUACGGAAGAGUUCUUUCAGACCUUAGGAGACAACACACAUUUCAUGAUCUUGGAGAAAGGGCAGAGGUGGACACCGGGUGGUAACCACGUCCCAGCCCGCCAGCAGCCAAAGAAAUCGGGAAUAGCAAGAGUCACCUUCGACUUGUACAAGCUGAAUCCCAAGGAUGUCAUUGGCUGCCUCAACGUGAAGGCCACCAUGUAUGAGAUGUAUUCGGUGUCCUACGACAUCCGGUGCACGGGAGUCAAAGCCCUGCUGAGGAGCCUGCUGCGGGUCCUGUCCCACGCCGCCCAGGUGACCGGACAGUUGCUCAUCUACAUCGGCACGUACAUGCUCCAAGUGCUGGGUGACAUGGACGAGCAGAGCCCUCCCCGGUCACACUCCAGACGCGGGUUCACAAGUGGCUAAGGAUGCACGCUGCAGGGGACCCAGCCGGCUCUCGACCCAAGUAUUCGCUCUCAGAUGAUGAAUUUUGAAGAUGCUUCUGUUCUAAACCACGGGCACUUGCACAAGGCCGGUCACUUGUACUGGGGGGUGGCACGCAGGGGAAGGUGGAGGGGUGGAGGCACACGAAAUGGGGGCUGCAGGAGGGGACGCCCUGAGGGGAGGAGAUUCGUAGGGGCCUCCGUGGGGACAGGAAGGACCAAAGGGCAGGCUAGUGUGGUGGCCCCGGAGCCGCACAAACCUGUGUUAGGCCUCAGCUCCUCACCUCCUGCAAUAAACCGAUCGAUUGCAAGAGCUACUUUUAA